GAGCUUCGAGCGUCAGAGGCCCACGCGACUUUCCUGGCCGAGGAUUUUGCUGCAAUUGUGGAAGUCUGUAACCAACUCUUUUAGAUGAUCCGUAUGAACUCCUGCUUCUAGUUCUUGCAUCAUUGAAGCAGCCGAUUACUGAUUCUCCGGCGUAGGAAAGACGCCUUUUGAGGUUUAGUGAAUUUCUUGUGUCAUUCGUUUAGGUCCUAUUGCAGAAAAUAUGUAGUUGGAUAUCAGUAAGGAGUGAAGGUUUUGGUAAACUGGAAACCACUUGCUUAUUGAUUUGAGGUUGUUCAUGUCCAUGAGACGAUUGAAAAAAUAAAUAAAAUAGAUGAAACCAAGGGCGGAUGAGGAACUUUUUGAUCAAAAGAAGUAUCUUGAGGAUUCCUGCAAGCCUAAAUGUGUGAAGCCUCUAAUUGAAUAUGAGGCAUGUAUGAAGAGGAUUGAAGGUGAUGACUCUGGGGAAAAACACUGUACAGGGCAGUACUUUGACUACUUAUUUUGUGUUGAUAAAUGUGUUGCACCAAUGCUAUUCUCAAAACUCAAGUAAUUGGAAAGCUCUUCAUACAUCUGUCUGGUUUUAUUCCAAUGUUUAGUUGGCUUAUCUGAAGCAGCCUUUGAUUGAAUUGUAAUAAAAGAAAAUGUCUUGAAUUCAUAUGCAACAUGUUACAGUUCUUUCAUAAAUAAAAAUGGUUUAGAAAAAUGGUUGAUGAUGAAAGAUUAACAUUUAAACAAUGUCCAUAUGAUUCUUUCCUUGUACAAACAUAAUGUUUUGUCAUUGUGAAACUCAAAGCUGGAUUUUAAUAUAGAUACUUGCAUUUGUUA